GCGACUGCGCUCCAGCGAGCGGUUAGCGCAUUAUCAUGCGUUUGGCCGGUCCGUGUGUGGGAUGCUGUGCAAGUCUGCUGCAUAAAAGUGGACAGGUGGAGCGCCUUGUUGAGUGGGGAAUUUUGAGAAAACGCCCAAACAUUGUGAGAUUACCUGAUGUGUUGUGAGCCAUCACUACUGAGCUCUGCAUCUGCAGACGUGCAAGGUUCUCCCCCCCUCCCGCUGUAAUAUUUAUGUCAAAACGGAGGCAAAUUAUUCUGGUCACGUUUUUGGCUGACAGCUGGCUGUCCUGGAGAGCUCUGGAGUGAAUCGGGGUCCAGUGUUGGAGAUAGCGCAGCGCACCAACACCUGCAGUAGGAUGUAAAGGGAAUUCCCACUCAUCAAACUGAAUCAACCACAGAUCUGGCCAUCAUCCUCAUCACUGUCUCGUUUGAGCCAGAAGAAAAGGAAAGACGAGCAUGGUCUGGUGUGGGGGCCGGUGUUGCUAUGCUUGAGGGAGUGCUGUGGCGUCAAUGGAGACCGAAGGCUAUCGUGACCUCCUGGAGACCAGCGAUGGUCAGGGGGUAGGCCCGCUGGAUGGAGGGGGUGAGGUGGGGGUGGAGGAGGGCUGGAGCACACCCUACCCCCUGGGCUUCCAGGUGUCUUUGACCACUGUGCUGCUGCUGGAGCUGGUGUUGGGCUUCAGCAGCAACCUGACGGUACUUGUGCUCUACUGUGCUCAGUCCAACCUGGUGGAUUCAGUCAGCAACCUUGUCACAGUCAACCUCCACGUUCUGGACAUACUGGUAUGUCUGUUGUGUCUGCCACUGACUGUGGCUGUGAUCCUGCUACCAGCCAAUGAAAGUGGAGUCGGCAGCCUGGCCACGCUGUGCUGCUUUCACGAAGCCUGUGUCACGUUCACCAGUGUGGCCACAGCAGUCAAUGUGCUGGUGAUCAGUUUGGACCGAUACGACAUCUCAGUGCGUCCAGCCAGUCGCCUGCUGACCCCAAGGCGUGCAGCUCUGCUCCUGGCAGCAGUAUGGGCCGUUUCCCUUGCUGUCUUCUUCCUGCCCUUCCUUGAGGGGAAUUUCUUCUCUUCGUUGGGUGAGGACAGUGAGGAUGAGGAGCCAAAAGGGCAGAACAAUGGGUAUUAUACAGGACUGGCUAUGUAUUACCACUUGUUACUCCAAGUGCCAUGCUUCUUCAUCGCCGUGGCUGUCAUGUUAUUUACCUACUCAAGGAUCCUGCAGGCCCUCAACAUUCGCAUAGGCUCCCAUAUGAUGAGGGGUAAGCGGGCAAAAGACUCCACCUGCAGAAUACGCUGCAGAAGGCGUAGAAAGAAGGACCUGAGUCUUCUUGCUUCUCCACCUCCAGCUUCAGCCUCAUCCCAGCCCCAUGCCAACUCACCACUGCCUGCCUCCACCAUGGGUGUACAGGCCUCGGUUUCUGCCAUUAUCGCCUUGAGGCGGGCAGUGCGUAGACACAGGGACCGUCGAGAACGCCAACGUCGCGUCCUUAAAAUGUCCCUACUCAUCAUAUCCAGCUUCAUGGGCUGCUGGGCCCCUCUGUCCGCAGUCAACAUCCUGAUCCUGUGCAUGGGGCCCAGCGACAGCCUGGUGCGGCUGCGCCUCUGCUUCUUGGCGAUGGCUUAUGGAACCACUAUUUUUCAUCCUCUGCUCUACGCUUUCACCAGGCAAAAGCUGCGCAAGGCCCUAAAAACCCGUGUGAAGAAAAAGGUAGUUUCCCUUCUGCAGGUGGACCCGGCUCCCAGCGGGGGGACAGUUAUUCACAAUUCCUGGGUGGAAGGUGGAGGCCAGAGGAAGAAUCGCAAGCCACGAGGGGAGGCCAGUGAAUGCACUGAUCGCUGCCUCACAGAGGCAGUGAGGGAAUAAGUGUGUGUGUGUGUGUGUGUGUGUGUGUGUGUGUGUGUGUG